UAUGCACUGUCUGGAGGGUGGGGACUGGCGCGGGUAGAAAACGGGAUGCCUCGGGCGCGGGGGCAGGCUUUCUGCCACUAGGAACGGGCCGAGGCGCAGACCUAAAGGAGUGCUCGCGAGCCAAGGCUGCCGGUGCUGCGUGCGACGCGCGCCCACUCCCGGGGAAGGAACGGCGAGGCCGGGGACCGCAGGGAUGCAGCGCGUGUCGGCAGCGGUGGCGUGCACGCUGCUGCUGGCUCUUGCCGCCUGCCCGGCGCCGGCCAGUGGCCAAGGAUGUAACAGUGAGCAAUUUCGCUGUGGAAAUGGACAUUGUAUCCCUGUAUCCUGGAGGUGUGAUGGGACCAGUGACUGCGGGGAUGACUCAGAUGAAAAUGGCUGCACUCCUACAUCCUGCCAUACGGGCUAUUUCAGAUGUCAGAGUGAUGGGAAUUGCAUCCCUGACUCCUGGGUGUGUGAUGAAGAUCAGGACUGUGACGAUGGCUCCGAUGAACAUCAGAAUUGCCCUGGGAAAACAUGUUCGAGUCGCCAAAUGACAUGCUCCGACGGUCAGUGUAUCCCAAAAGAAUACAGGUGCGACCAUGUCCAAGACUGCUCAGAUGGAACUGACGAGAAAGACUGCCAAUACCCAGUAUGUGAGCAGCGCACUUGUGCCAACGGAGCCUGCUAUAACUUUAGUCAGAGGUGUGAUUGGAGAGUUGAUUGCAGGGACUACUCUGAUGAACAAAAUUGCAGUGUGGCAUGUUUGCACAACGAGUUUCCGUGUCACAAUGGAGAAUGUAUCCCAAAGGGCUUUGUCUGCGACCAUGACCGUGACUGUGAAGACGGCAGUGAUGAACACUCUUGCAAAUAUGAGACCUGCAGGGGGAACCAGUUCACUUGCUCCAAUGGCGAAUGCAUUCACCAAAAUUGGGUCUGUGACGGAGACAGCGACUGUAGAGAUGGCGGAGAUGAAAACGGAUGUGAAAGCAAACCUCAUCAUUUUCACAACUGUCCCCCAAGACAUUGGGUUUGUCCAGAGUCUGGGCAAUGCAUCUCAAUUUAUAAAGUUUGUGAUGGGGUUUCAGAUUGUCCAGGAGGAGAAGAUGAAAACAGUACUACUACUGGAAGAUACUGUGGUAGGAGUAUGUGUUCUACCUUGAACUGUCAGCAGCAGUGCCAUGAGACACCGUAUGGAGGGGCGUGUUUUUGUCUCUCAGGUUUUAUCAUCAACCGCAAUGACAGCCGUACUUGUCUUGGGUUUGAUGAUUGCCAGAUAUGGGGAAUUUGUGACCAGAUGUGUGAAAUCCGAUUUGGCCGUCACCAAUGCUACUGUGAUGAAGGAUAUAUAUUGGAACAUGAGCGGAAUUGUAAAGCUAAUUAUUCCUCUGGUGAGGCCUCCAUUAUCUUCUCAAAUGGUCGGGAUUUGCUAAUUGGUGAUAUUCAUGGAAGGAACUUCCAGAACCUAGUAGAGUCUCAGAAUCGUGGAGUGGCUGUGGGUGUGGAUUUCCACUAUCGCCUGCACCGAGUCUUUUGGACAGACACCGUGCGAGAUAAGGUCUUUUCAGUUGACAUUAAUGGUUUAAAUAUCCAAGAAGUUCUCAAUGUUUCUGUUGACACUCCGGAGAACCUGGCUGUGGACUGGAUUAACGAUAAGCUCUAUCUGGUGGAGACCAAGGUUAACCGCAUAGAUGUGGCAAAUUUGGAUGGAAGCUACCGGGUUACCCUUAUAACUGAAAACCUGGGGCAUCCUAGAGGACUUGCUCUGGACCCAACUGUUGGGUAUAUGUUUUUCUCUGAUUGGGGGAGCCUUUCUGGGGAACCUAAGCUGGAAAGGGCUUUCAUGGAUGGCAGCAACCGGAAAGACUUGGUGAAAACAAAGCUGGGAUGGCCGGCCGGGAUAACUCUGGAUAUAGUAACGAAGCGUGUUUACUGGGUUGACCCCCGAUAUGAUUACAUUGAAACCGUAACUUACGAUGGCAUUCAGAGGAGGACAGUAGUUCAUGGAGGCUCACUUAUUCCUCAUCCUUUUGGAAUAAGCUUGUUUGAAAGUCAUGUGUUCUUUACUGACUGGACAAAGAUGGCCGUGAUGAAGGCUAACAAGUUCACGGAUACCAACCCACAAGUGUACUACCGCUCUUCCCUGAGGCCCUAUGGAGUGACCGUUUACCAUGCCUUGAAACAGCCCCAUGUUAUCAAUCCAUGUGGAGAUCACAAUGGGGGCUGUCAGCAGAUCUGUGUGCUGAGCCACAGAACAGAUAAUGAUGGUUUGGGUUACCGUUGCAAGUGCACAUUUGGCUUCCAACUGGAUAAGGAUGGGCACAACUGCGUUGCUAUUUCAAACUUCCUCAUCUUUUCAUCCCAAUCGGCUGUUCGUGGGAUCCCAUUCACCUUGUCUACCCAGGAAGAUGUCAUGGUUCCAGUGACCGGGAGUCCUUCUUUCUUUGUUGGGAUUGAUUUUGAUACCCGGAAUAGCACUGUCUUUUUUUCAGAUACAUCAAAACACAUGAUUUUUAAACAGAAGAUUGAUGGCACAGGAAGAGAAACUCUGGUAGCCAACAGGGUGGAAAAUGUUGAAAGCUUGGCCUUUGAUUGGAUUUCAAGGAAUCUCUAUUGGACAGACUCUCAUUUCAAGACUGUCAGUGUCAUGAAGCUAGGGGAUAAAUGGAGACGCACAAUAGUUCGGUAUUUAAAUAACCCACGAUCAAUAGUCAUUCAUCCUCUUGCUGGGUAUAUAUUCUUCACUGAUUGGUUCCGUCCUGCUAAAAUUUUGAGAGCAUGGAGUGAUGGAUCUCACCUUUUGCCUAUAGUAAACACUACUCUUGGGUGGCCCAAUGGCUUGGCCAUUGACUGGGGUGCUUCACGAUUAUACUGGAUAGACGCCUUUUUUGAUAGAAUUGAGCACAGCAACUUUGAUGGUUUAGAUAGAAAAAGACUGGGCCACAUACAGCAGAUGACACAUCCAUUUGGACUUACCAUCUUUAAAGAGCAUGUAUUUUUUUCUGAUUGGAGACUGAAUGCUAUUAUUCGAGUCAGGAAAACAGAUGGUGGAGAUGUGACAGUUAUCAGAAGUGGCAUCAGUCGUCCACUGCAUGUGAAAUCGUAUGAUAUCAGCAUCCAGACUGGUUCUAACUCCUGCAAUCAACCGACCCACCCCAAUGGUGACUGCAGCCACUUCUGCUUCCCGGUGCCGAAUUUCCAGCGGGUGUGUGGGUGCCCCUAUGGAAUGAGGCUUGCUUCCAAUCACUUGACAUGCGAGGGUGAUGCAACCAAUGAGCCACCCACGGAGGGGUGUGGCUCAUUUUCCUUCUCCUGUAACAAUGGCAGAUGCGUGCCCAGUUACUACCGCUGUGAUGGAUACGAUGACUGUCAUGAUAACAGUGAUGAGCUUCAAUGCAACACUUUUAAUCAGACCUGUUCACCUUCGGCGUUCACCUGUGGCCAUGGAGGAGGGUGCAUCCCUGCAUCCUGGCGCUGUGACAAGCGCAAAGACUGUGUGGAUGGCAGUGAUGAGCAGGACUGCCCCACAGCAGCACCGGUUUCCUGCCGUGAGUCCUACUUCACCUGUGAUAAUAACUACUGUAUCCCAAGGGACUGGCUCUGCGACACAGACAAUGAUUGUGGGGAUGGAUCUGAUGAGAAGAACUGCAACUUGACAGAGACAUGCCAACCCAUUCAGUUUACUUGCCCCGACCAUCGAUGUAUCGACAUAUCUUAUGUCUGUGAUGGAGAUAAGGACUGUGUUGAUGGAUCUGAUGAGGUUGGUUGUGUAUUAAACUGCACUGCUUCUCAAUUCAAGUGUGCCAAUGGGCAUAAAUGCAUUAACUACAUAAAUCGCUGUGAUGGUGUUUUUGACUGCAGUGACAACUCUGAUGAGGCAGGCUGUCCAACUAGACCUCCUGGGAUGUGCCACUCUGAUGAAUUUCAGUGCCAAGAAGAUGGUUCAUGCAUCCCAAACACCUGGGAGUGUGAUAGGAUUUCAGACUGCCCCUCUGGGUCUGAUGAGCACAAUGGCUGUGUCCCCAAGACUUGCCCUUCAUCCCAUUUCCUCUGUGACAACGGAAACUGUGUCUACAAGGAGUGGGUCUGUGAUGAGGACAAUGACUGCGGGGAUAGGAGUGAUGAGAAGGACUGCCCUACUGAGGCCUUUCACUGUCUCAGUUGGCAGUGGCAGUGUCCCGGCCAUAACCUCUGUGUGAAUCUGAGCGCAGUGUGUAACAACGUCUUUGACUGCCCCAAUGGGACAGAUGAGUCCCCACUUUGCAAUGAGGACAGCUGUUCACAUUUCAAUGGUGGUUGUACUCAUGAGUGUGUUCAAGGGCCCUUUGGGGCUAAAUGCCUAUGUCCAUCGGGAUACUUACUUGCCAAUGAUUCUAAGACCUGUGAAGACAUAGAUGAAUGUGAUAUUCCGGGUUCAUGUAGCCAGCACUGUUACAACAUGAGAGGUUCUUUCCGAUGCUCAUGUGAUCAAGAAUACACGUUAGAAACUGACGGGAAGACUUGCAAAGUUACAGGAUCUGAAAGCCUGCUGUUACUUGUGGCAAGUCAGAACAAAAUCGUUGCCGACAAUAUUACCAACCAGGUCCACAAUAUCUAUCCAUUGGUCCGGGAUGGUUCUCACAUUAUAGCUGUUGACUUUGAUUCAGUUAGUGGUCGUAUCUUUUGGUCUGAUGCAACUCAGGGUAAAACCUGGAGUGCAUUUCGAAAUGGAACGGACAGAAGAGUAGUAUUUGACAGUAGUGUUGUCCUGACUGAAACUCUUGCAGUAGAUUGGGUAGGCCGUAAUCUUUAUUGGACAGACUAUGCUCUGGAAACAAUUGAAGUCUCUAAAAUUGAUGGGAGCCACAGGACUGUGCUGAUUAGUAAAAACGUAUCAAAUCCAAGGGGACUAGCAUUAGAUCCCAGAAUGAAUGAACAUCUUUUGUUCUGGUCUGACUGGGGCCAACACCCUCGUAUUGAGCGAGCCAGCAUGGAUGGCACUUUGAGAACUGUCAUUAUCCAGGACAAGAUCCACUGGCCUAGUGGCUUGACUAUUGACUACCCCAACAGACUGCUGUACUUCAUGGAUGCCUAUCUUGAUUACAUAGACUUUUGUGAUUAUAAUGGACAGCAUCGGAGGCAGGUGAUAGCCAGUAAUAUGGUUCUGCGGCGUUCCUAUGCCCUCACUCUCUUCGAGGAUUCUGUGUUCUGGACAAAUGGUGCUACUCAAAAGGUUAUGCAGGCCAACAAGUGGCAUGGGGGCAACCAGUCAGUUGUAAUGUACAAUAUGUACCGACCCCUUGGGAUUGUUGCAGUUCAUCCUUCGAAACAGCCAAGUUCCGUGAAUCCAUGUGCCUCUGCCCACUGCAGCCAUCUGUGCCUGCUUUCCUCACAGGGGCCUAAUUUUUACUCCUGCGCUUGUCCUUCAGGAUGGAGUCUCUCUUCCGAUUCUGUGAGCUGCCUGAGAGAUGAUCAACCUUUCUUAAUAACUGUAAGACAACAUAUAAUUUUUGGAAUCUCUCUUAAUCCCGAUGUGAAGAGCAAUGAUGCCAUGGUUCCUAUAGCAGGGAUACAAAAUGGUUAUGAUGUUGAAUUUGAUGAAGGAGAGCAGUUCAUCUAUUGGGUUGAGAAUCCAGGUGAAAUUCACAGAGUGAAAACAGACGGCACCAAUAGGACCGUGUUUUCUUCUUUGUCUAUGUUGGGGUCUUCUAUGAGCUUGGCCUUAGAUUGGGUAUCAAGAAACCUUUAUUCCACUAAUUCUGGAACUCAUUCAAUUGAGGUUUGCACACUGCGGGGAAAUGUCGGGUACAGAAAGACCCUGAUCACCAAUGAUGGAACAGUUCUUGGAGUUGGCUCUCCAGUUGGCAUAACUGUUGAUCCUGUUCGUGGGAAACUGUAUUGGUCAGACCAAGGAACUGACGGUGGGGUUCCUGCCAAGAUCGCAAGUGCUAACAUGGAUGGCACAUCAUUAAAAGUUCUUUUCACUGGGAACCUUGAACACCUGGAGUUUAUCACCCUUGACAUCGAGGAGCAGAAACUCUACUGGGCUGUCACUGGAAGAGGAGUGAUUGAAAGUGGAAAUGUGGAUGGAACAGGUCGAACGAUCCUGGUACACCAACUUUCCCACCCCUGGGGAAUCGCAGUCUUUGGUUCCUUCCUUUACUACACUGACGAACAUUAUGAGGUUAUCGAAAGAGUUGAGAAGGCUACUGGGGCAAAUAAAGUAGUCUUGAGAGACAAUAUUCCAGAUCUGAGGGGACUUCGAGUUUAUCAUAGACGCAAUGCGGCCGAAUCCUCAAAUGGCUGUAGCAACAACUUGAAUGCCUGUCAGCAGAUGUGCCUGCCUAUACCAGGGGGACUGUUCUCUUGUGCCUGUGCCACUGGAUUUAAACUCAAUCCUGAUCAUCGGACCUGCUCUCCAUAUGACUCUUUCAUUGUUGUUUCAAUGCUGUCUGCAAUACGAGGCUUUAGCUUGGCAGUGUCAGAUCAUUCAGAAGCCAUGGUGCCAGUGGCAGGCCAAGGACGAAAUGCGCUGCAUGUGGAUGUUGAUAUGUCUUCUGGCUUUAUUUACUGGUGUGAUUUUAGUAGAUAUGUGACAUCUUAUAAUGCAAUUCGUAGAAUUAAACCAGAUGGGUCAUCUUUGACAAACAUCAUCACAAGUGGGAUAGGAGAAAAUGGAGUACGUGGUAUUGCAGUGGAUUGGGUAGCAGGAAAUCUUUAUUUCACCAAUGCCUUUGUGUCUGAAACAUUAAUAGAAGUUCUUCGGAUCAAUACUACCUACCGCCGUGUUCUUCUUAAAGUCACAGUGGAUAUGCCUAGGCAUAUUGCUGUAGAUCCCAAGAACAGAUACCUCUUCUGGGCUGACUAUGGGCAAAAGCCAAAGAUUGAACGUUCUUUGCUUGACUGUACCAACAGAACUGUGCUUGUGUCAGAGGGCAUUGUCACACCACGGGGCUUGGCAGUGGACCAUAACAAUGGCUACGUUUAUUGGGUUGAUGAUUCUUUAGAUAUGAUCGCAAGAAUUCAUUUUGAUGGACAGGAAUAUGAAAUGAUUCGUUAUGGCAGUCAUUACCCAACUCCUUAUGGCAUCACUGUUUUUGGAAAUUAUAUCAUAUGGGUGGAUAGGAAUUUGAAGAAAAUCUUCCAAGCUAGCAAGGAACCAGGGAACACAGAAGAACCAAUAGUGAUAAGAGACAAUAUAGACUGGCUAAGAGAUGUGACCAUCUUUGAUAAACAAGUCCAGCCCCGGUCACCAGCAGAGGUCAACAACAACCCUUGCUUGGAAAAUAAUGGUGGGUGUUCCCAUUUCUGCUUUGCUCUACCUGGACUGCACACCCCAAAAUGUGGCUGUGCCUUUGGAACUCUGGAAAGUGAUGGCAAGAGCUGCUCCAUUUCAACAGAAAAUUUCCUUGUCUUUGCCUUGGGUGAUUCUUUGAGAAGCUUACAUUUGGACCCUGAAAACCACAGCCCACCUUUCCAACCAAUAAAUGUGGAUAGAACUGUCAUGGCUCUAGACUAUGACAGCAUAAAUGAUAGAGUCUACUUCACACAAAGUGUAAACCUUGAGCGUGGGCAGAUUUCCUAUGUCAGCCUUUCUUCAGGGAUCCAUACCCCGACUGUCAUUGCUUCAGAUAUAGGGACUGUUGGUGGCAUUGCCUUUGACUGGAUCAAUAGAAGACUUUAUUACACUGACUACACCAACCAGACGGUUAAUUCCAUGGCUGAAGAUGGGACUAAGCAGUCUGUGAUAGCCCGUGUUUCCAAACCGAGUUCGCUUGCGUUAGAUCCUUGCAGAGGGUACCUGUACUGGACUGACUGGGACAUUAAUGCUAAAAUCGAGAGAGCCACAUUGGGAGGAAACUUCCGGGUACCCAUUGUGAACAGCAGCCUUAUCUGGCCCAGUGGCCUGACCCUGGACUAUGAGGAGGGUCUUCUUUACUGGGUGGAUGGUGGUCGGCAGAGGAUUGAACGCAGCACUCUAACAGGCACGCAGCGUGAAGUCAUUGUCAGCACAGCUUUUCAUACUUUAGGCUUGACUCUCUAUGGCCAGUAUAUUUACUGGACUGAAUUGUACACAAAAAAAAUUUACCGAGCUGACAAAUAUGAUGGGUCGGGUCAGAUUGCAAUGACGACGAAUUUGUUCGCCCAGCCCUCGGGUAUCACCACCGUUGUGAAGAACAAGCAGCAUCAGUGUAGCAAUCCUUGUGAUCAGUUUAAUGGGGGCUGCAGCCACAUCUGUGCACCAGGUCCCAAUGGUGCCGAGUGCCAGUGUCCACACGAGGGCAACUGGUAUCUGGCCAACAAUAAUAAGCACUGCAUUGUGGACACUGGUACGCGAUGCAGUGAAUCCUAUUUCACCUGUCCCAACGGACACUGCAUCAUGGAAGAGUGGAAAUGUGAUGGUGACAAUGACUGUAGUGACGGCAGUGACGAGUUGGAAAGUGUCUGUGCACUUCACACCUGCUCACCGACAGCCUUCACCUGUGCCAAUGGGCGAUGUGUCCAAUACAGUUACCGCUGUGAUUACUACAAUGACUGUGGUGACGGCAGUGACGAGGCAGGGUGCCUGUUCAGGGACUGUAAUGCCACCACCGAAUUUACUUGCAAUAAUGGAAGGUGCAUACCUCUUGAGUACGUCUGCAAUGGUAGAGACAACUGCCAUGACAAUAACUCCUCUGAUGAGAAAAACUGCCCUGAUCGCACUUGCCAGCCUGGUUACACAAAAUGUCAGGGUACAAAUAUUUGUAUCCCUCGCCUUUACUUGUGUGACGGAGACAAUGACUGUGGAGACAUGAGUGAUGAAAACCCUACUUAUUGCACCAUUCACACGUGCAGCAGCAAUGAGUUCCAGUGCACAUCUGGGCGCUGUAUCCCCCACCACUGGCAUUGCGAUCAAGAAAUAGAUUGUUCUGAUGGUUCUGACGAACCUGCCUCUUGUGGGCACCCUGACCGAACCUGCCAAAGUGAUGAGUUCAAGUGUGAUGGUGGGAGGUGCAUCCCAAGAGAUUGGAUCUGUGAUGGUGAUAAUGACUGUGGGGAUAUGAGUGAUGAAGAUGGAAGGCACCAAUGUGAGAAUCAGAACUGCUCAAGUUCUGAGUUUUUCUGUGCGAAUAGCAGACCUCCAGCCAGGAAGUGCAUUCCCCAAGCCUGGGUCUGUGAUGGCGAUGCGGACUGUUCUGACGCCUACGAUGAGCGUCAGAACUGCACCCGGAGGCCGUGCUCUGAAAACGAGUUCACCUGUAGUUACGGACUCUGCAUCCCGAGCUCCUUUAGGUGUGACCGUCGGAAUGACUGCGGUGACUAUAGCGACGAGAGGGACUGUUCAUACCCGACCUGCCAAGCACACCAGUUCACCUGUCAGAACGGGCGCUGCAUUUAUCGGGACUUCGUCUGUGAUGAAGACAAUGACUGUGGGGAUGGCUCUGAUGAGCUGGAGCACUUGUGCCACACCCCCAAGGCCACGUGCCCCCCUCAUCAGUUCAAGUGCAACAACGGGCACUGCAUCGAGAUGGGGAAACUCUGCAACCACAUAGAUGACUGUUCCGACAACAGUGAUGAGAAAGGCUGUGGUAUUAAUGAAUGCAAUGACCCUUCAAUCAGUGGCUGCGAUCACAACUGCACAGACACCCUCACCAGUUUCUAUUGUUCCUGUCGUCCUGGUUACAAGCUUAUGUCUGACAAGCGGACUUGUGUUGAUAUUGAUGAAUGCAAGGAGGCGCCCUAUGUCUGUAGCCAGAAGUGUGAGAACGUAAUAGGCUCCUACAUCUGUAAGUGUGGCCCAGGCUACAUCCGAGAACCAGAUGGAAAGACCUGCCGGCAGAACAGUAACAUCAAUCCCUAUCUCAUAUUUAGCAACCGUUACUAUUUGAGAAACCUAACUACAGAUGGCUACUCUUACUCCCUCAUUUUGCAAGGACUGGGCAAUGCCGUGGCACUAGAUUUUGACCGAGUAGAAAAGAGAUUAUACUGGAUUGAUGCAGAGAGGAGAGUCAUUGAGAGAAUGUUUCUGAAUAAGACAAACAGGGAGACGAUCAUAAGCCACAGACUACCAGGUGCAGAAAGUCUGGCUGUAGACUGGGUUGCCAGAAAGCUCUAUUGGUUGGAUGCCCACCUGGAUGGCCUCUUUGUCUCCGACCUCAAUGGUGAACACCGCCGCAACCUGGCCAGCCACUGUGUGGAUGCCAACAACACCUUCUGCUUUGAUCGUCCAAGAGGGAUCACUCUUCACCCUCAAUAUGGGUACGUCUACUGGGCAGACUGGACUCGCCGUGCAUACAUCGCAAGAAUAGGCAUGGAUGGAACCAAUAAGUCUGUGAUUAUCUCUACCAAGAUAGCGUGGCCCAAUGGUAUCACCAUUGAUUACACCAAUGAUCUACUGUACUGGACAGAUGCCCACCUGGGUUACAUCGAGUACUCCGAUCUGGAGGGCAACCAUCGACACACGGUUUACGACGGGACGCUGCCUCACCCCUUUGCUGUUACCAUUUUUGAAGACACUGUUUACUGGACAGAUUGGAAUACAAGGACAGUUGAAAAGGGAAACAAAUAUGAUGGAUCAAAUAGGAUGAUGCUGGUGAACACUACACAUAGACCGUUUGACAUCCAUGUGUACCAUCCCUACAGGCAGCCAAUUGUGGUCAAUCCGUGUGGUACCAACAAUGGUGGCUGUUCUCAUCUCUGCCUCAUCAAAGCAGGAGGAGAAGGCUUCACCUGCGAGUGUCCAGAUGACUUCCACACUCUUCCGCUGAGAGGCAGCACCUACUGCCUGCCCAUGUGCUCCAGCACCCAGUUCCUGUGUGCCGACAACCAAAAGUGUAUUCCUAUCUGGUGGAAAUGUGAUGGCCACAGAGACUGCUCGGAUGGCUCUGAUGAAACGGUCCUUUGCCCGCAGCGCUUCUGCCGACAGGGACAGUUCCAGUGCAAGGAUCGCAACUGCACCAGCCCGCAGACACUGUGCAAUGCUCACCAAGAUUGCCCUGAUGGCUCUGAUGAAGACCCUAUUCUUUGUGAGAAUCAUAAGUGUCAGUCCAAUGAAUGGCAGUGCGCCAACAAACGCUGCAUCCCAGAACACUGGCAGUGUGACUCAGUGAACGACUGUGAGGAUAACUCAGAUGAAGACAGUUCCCACUGUGCCAGCAGGACCUGCCAGCCGGGCCAGUUCAGAUGUGCCAACGGCCACUGUAUCCCUCAGGACUGGAAGUGUGAUGUAGAUAAUGACUGUGGAGACUACUCAGAUGAGCCCAUUCACGAAUGCAUGAGCCCUGCCUAUCGCUGCAACAACAUUACGGAAUUCAGCUGUCGAACAAAUUACCGUUGUGUCCCCAAGUCUGCCGUGUGCAAUGGUGUCGAUGACUGCAGGGACAACAGUGACGAGCAAGGCUGCGAGGAGGUGACAUGCCAUCCUUCGGGGGAUUUCCGUUGUAAAAAUCACCAGUGCAUCCCUCUUCGCUGGAAAUGUGAUGGGCAAAAUGACUGUGGAGAUAACUCGGAUGAGGAAGGCUGUGUCCCCCGGCAGUGCACGGAGAGCGAGUUUCAAUGUACCAAUCAUGAAUGCAUUCCCUCUCGAUGGCUCUGUGACCAUAACAACGACUGUGGGGACAACUCAGAUGAGCGGGACUGUGAGUUGAGGACCUGCCAUCCUGAAUAUUUUCAGUGUACGAGUGGACAUUGUGUGCCCAACCAAUUCAAAUGUGAUGGGACUGCUGACUGCCUCGAUGCCUCUGAUGAAGCUAAUUGUCCCACUCGCUUUCCCAAUGGUGCAUACUGCCAGGCUACCAUGUUUGAAUGUAAAAACCAUGUCUGCAUCCACCCGUAUUGGAAAUGUGAUGGCGACGACGAUUGUGGCGAUGGUUCUGAUGAAGAACUUCAUCUGUGCGCGAGUGUUCACUGUGAAUCACCAGGCCGUUUCCGGUGUGACAACAGUCGCUGCAUUUAUAGCCAUGAGGUGUGCAACGGUUUCGAUGACUGUGGAGAUGGAACUGAUGAGAAAGAGGAGAAGUGUAGAAAGCCAACCCCUAAGCCUUGUAUAGAAGAUGAAUUUAAGUGUGAAAAUGAGCGUUGCAUUCCAAAGGACAGUGUAUGUGAUGAUAUCAAUGACUGUGGUGACUUUUCUGAUGAAAUGGGUUGCAAUCUAGGAAAAGAUAGAACAUGUGCUGAACAUAUAUGUGAACAAAAUUGUACCCAAUUAAGUGAAGGAGGAUUUAUCUGUUCCUGCAGAGCUGGGUUCAAAGCUGAGCUAUUCGACGCAAAUGCCUGUCGAGACAUCAAUGAAUGUGAGCAAUAUGGGACUUGUUCCCAGAACUGCAAAAAUACCAAAGGAAGUUAUGAGUGUGUCUGCGCUGACGGCUUCCGGUCUGUGGGGGACAAAUAUGGAAAACGAUGUGCAGCUGAAGGUGACCCUCCUUUGUUGCUCCUGCCUGACAACGUUCGAAUUCGGAAAUACAAUCUCUCCUCUGAGAGGUUCUCAGAAUAUCUUCAAGACGAGGACUCUAUUGAGGCUGUUGAUUACGACUGGGAUCCUGAGGGCAUAGGCCUCAGUGUUGUGUACUACUCCGUGCGAGGGCAGGACUCUCAGUUUGGUGCUAUCAAGCGUGCCUACAUCCCCAACUUCGAAUCUGGCAGCAACAAUCUCGUGCAGGAAGUGGACCUGAAACUGAAAUAUGUAAUGCAGCCAGAUGGAUUAGCUGUGGACUGGGUUGGAAGGCAUAUUUACUGGUCAGAUGCCAAGAAUCGACGCAUCGAGGUGGCCGAACUUGAUGGGAGGUACCGAAAGUGGCUGAUUAUGUCUUAUCUGGAUCAGCCAGCUGCAAUUGCUGUGAAUCCCAAACUAGGGCUUAUGUACUGGACUGACUGGGGAGAAGAACCUAAAAUCGAAUCUGCCUGGAUGAAUGGGGAGUCACGCAACGUCCUGAUUUUUCAGGACCUUGGUUGGCCAACUAGCCUUACUAUUGAUUAUAUGAACAACGACCGGAUUUACUGGACUGACUUCAAGGAGGACGUUAUUGAAAGCAUGAAUCACGAUGGGAGUGACAGGAGAGUUGUUUUAAACGAAGCAGCUCGCCCUUACAAUCUGGAUAUCUUUGAAGACCAGCUAUACUGGAUAUCUAGGGAGAAGGGAGAAGUAUGGAAACAAGAUAAAUUUGGGCAAGGACAAAAAGAGAAAAUGCUGGUAGUAAACCCUUGGCUCACACAAGUUCGAAUCUUUCAUCAACGGAGAUACGAUCGGUCAGUGCGCAACCCUUGCAAACAGGUAUGCAGCCACCUUUGCCUGCUGAGACCUGGAGGAUACAGCUGUGCCUGUCCCCAAGGCUCCAACUUCAUAGAGGGCAGCGCCACGGAGUGUGAUGCAGCCAUCGAACAUCCCAUCAGCAUGCCCCUCCCAUGCAGGUGUAUGUACGGAGGAAAUUGCUAUUUUGAUGAGAAUGACCUCCCCAAAUGCAAGUGUCUUAAUGGCUACACCGGAAAUUAUUGUGAAAUCGCAUUUUCAAAAGGCAUCCCUCCAGGAACAACUGCAGUGGCCACGCUGUUGACAAUCCUCUUGAUCAUCAUAAUUGGAGCUCUGGUAGUUGUAGCAUUUUUCCACUAUAGGAAAACCGGCUCCCUUCUGCCUGCUCUGCCCAAGCUGCCAAGCUUAAGCAGUCUUGUCAAACCCUCUGCAAAUGGAAAUGGAGUGACCUUCAGAUCAGGGGCAGAUGUUAACAUGGACAUUGGAGUGUCUGGUUUUGGGCCUGAGUCUGCUAUUGACAGAUCAAUGGCAAUGAGUGAAGACUUUGUCAUGGAGAUGGGGAAGCAGCCCAUAAUAUUUGAAAACCCAAUGUAUGCAGCCAAAGAUGGUGCUGUCAAAGUGGUUCAACCAACCCAGGUGACUGCAUCUGGAAAUGUGGAUAAUAAGAAUUAUGGAAGUCCCAUAACUCCUUCUGAGAUAGUUCCAGAGAUAAAGCCAACUUCCCCGGGUGCUGAGGAAGCUCAGGCAACAAAAUGGAAUAUCUUCAAACGAAAACCCAAACAAAGUACCAAUUUUGAAAAUCCAAUCUAUGCAGAGAUGGAGAACUCGCCGAAAGAAAGUGUUGCUGUGGCCCCACCUCCAUCGCCUUCUCUCCCUGCUAAAGUUUCUCCAAAAAGAGAUCCAAUUCCCACCUACACUGCAACAGAAGACACUUUUAAAGACACCGCAAAUCUCGUUAAAGAAGACUCUGAGGCAUAGCUAUGCCACCUACUUAGGGAAUAAUUAGAAACACACUUUUGCACAUGUAUUUUUUACAAACAGAUGAAAAAAAGUUAACAUUCAAUACUUUAUAAAAAUAUAUAUUUUUUCCCUGUUUGCCUGUAGUUGGAAAUGUCUUGUGUGCCUUUUUUUUUUUUACUUACGCCGUCUCAUAUUUUUACAAACAAUUAUCACGAUAUACUAUGUGUAUAUCUUUGCACUGAAGCUGUCUGAAGGUAAUGCUAUAAAUAUAUUGUACAUUUGUAAAUUUUGGAAAGAUUAUCACAUUACUGAAUUUGCUAAUAAAAGUAUCUACUGA